GUUUUUUCCCCCAUUAAAGAUUGUCUGUCCUCAUUCGUGAUCAAGUCUUUUGUUUGUCCCCAAUUGCCGAACAUUCGACCAACAAACUGAUAUCACUUUUCGACCUUGUCACAAUUGUGGUCCCUCUUUUUUUUUUCCCUUUCUCUUGUUUGGUCGUCAAUACUCCGUACCACUUUGUACAAAUAGAUUCUUCUGGAAAAUAUUGCAAUACUAACUCGUACAUCCAAAAAAACCACCUUUACCCUAUUACUUCUUCUUCCGACCAUGGUCUCCCCCACUUCAUUCCGUUCUCUGGCCGUUCGACUACGAGUACAAAUACAAGGACCACCACCUCGUACCCAUACCUGCUUGACAACUUCUCUUUCCUCUCUUCGUCCAUCCUCACACCACUCUCGAAUACUUCCUACACCACCACCAUCGACAUCCUCCUCUGUCCGGUCAACCCGUCACUUUUCAAAUACCACCGACAAAAUGUCUUCCUCCUUUUUGGAUUCCAUCAAGUCCCGCCGUACCAUUUACCAACUCACCGGUGAGUCGACCAUCCCGGACUCUCGCAUCAAGGAGAUCGUUCAACAGGCGGUCCUACACGUCCCGUCGAGUUUCAACUCCCAAUCGACCCGGUGUGUCGUCCUCUUGGGGGAGGAACACAAGAAGUUGUGGGGUGACAUCGUCAAGCCUGCCGUCAAGGCCGUCGCCCCGGCCGAGGCGUGGCCGGCCUCCGAACAGAGACUGUCGGGUUUCCAGGCCGGUUACGGUACCGUCUUGUUCUACGAGGAACCAAAGGUCGUCGCCGGUCUACAGGAAAAGUUGCCGCUCUACGCCGAAAAGUUCCCACAGUGGAGUGAACAUACCAACGCCAUGCAUCAAUUUGCCAUCUGGACUGCUCUUGAACAAGAAGGUCUUGGUGCAAACCUACAACAUUACAACCCCUUGAUCGACGAGAAAAUCUCGGCGACCUGGAACGUACCUGCAACUUGGAGCCUCAAGGCUCAGUUGGUGUUUGGUAAACCCGCAGGUUCUCCGAUGGAAAAGUCAUUCGGUCCCAUCGAGGAACGUGUCUUUGUCCACGGUGGAAAGAACUAAAAAGAAGAACCAAAAGGAUUCAAUCAAAUUUUUUUUUCUUCUUACCGGAUUAUCAACAUGGGAAGCCCUCUUUUUGUGAGGUAGAUCAGAAACUCGAGAGCAAAGACCAAAGACCAAAGAUUAAAGACUUUUUUUUUCGUUUUCUUUUGAAGAAAAGAAAAAACUCAUACAACAACAACUAAGUCAAAGGUUUUUAUUUUAUUCUUUUAGCGAGAGAAGAAAAAAACAAGAAACAAUCAACUAAACGCAUAUAAAAAAUAAAUGAAUUACUUGUUACCAAAACAAA